CCUUCCUCCAUACAUACACCUCAAACCCCUCCCUGCGAGACAGCCUCCAAAAAAAUCUCGAGCACAAAGAGUAACAGUAGCCCCAGUCCACCUCUAGCUCUUCUAGAGAGAGAAAAAGGAAGGGACAAUAACUCGAGAGGGAGAAAGAGGAGAGAGAGAGACAGAGAGAGGAACAGGUGGUGGUGAAGAGAGGAGAGGAGAGGAGACGUGGUCACAGACAGAAGAGAAGAUCAAAAGAGAUCGAGAGAUGCAGCGCGAGUUCGAGCUGCUACAGCAGGAGCACAGCCAAGAAAGCAGCAGCAGCAACCGCUUCCACUACCCCUCCCCCUGACUCUCUCAGCCUGUGCGGGCGGCUCAGUCCAAGCAAGCUCAGGAGCGAGACCGCAGCAAAGCAGGCUGUGCUCCGUCCGUGCUGGCCUCCCUCUCUCCCCUCCCCUCCGAUCCGCCGUCUAAUUCGGCAGCUCCGAUCCACCACCCUAGCUAGCAGCGACUUAAGGCCGCUAGGGGACGGAUCAGGAGAUCGGCGCGGCCGGGCCACGGGGCGGCGGCCGGCCAUGGAGGACACCCUCAAGUCGCUGUCCAUGGACUACCUCAACCUGCUCAUCAACGGGCAGGCCUUCAGCGACGUCACGUUCAACGUCGAGGGCCGCCUCGUGCACGCGCACCGCUGCAUCCUCGCCGCGCGCAGCCUCUUCUUCCGCAAGUUCUUCUGCGGCGCCGCCGCCGCCGCCGACCAGGCCGCCGCGCCCGGGCCCGGCGCGCUGCUGCUGGACCACCUCAGCCCGCGCUCGCCUUCCGGCGCCUCGGCGUCCUCCCCGCGCGGCGCGGGCGCCUCCACGGCAGCGGCGGCGGCGGCGGCCGCGCCGGGCGCCGUGAUACCCGUGAACUCGGUGACCUACGAGGUGUUCCUGCUGCUGCUCCAGUUCCUGUACAGCGGGCAGGUGUCCCUGGUGCCGCAGAAGGGGGAGCCCCGGCCGGGCUGCGGCGAGCGCGGGUGCUGGCACACCCACUGUGCCGCUGCCGUCGACCUCGCGCUCGACACCCUCGCCGCCGCCCGCUCCUUCGGCGUCGAGGAGCUCGCCCUCCUCACCCAGAAGCAGCUGGCCGGGAUGGUGGAGAAGGCGUCGAUCGAGGACGUGAUGAAGGUGCUCAUGGCGUCGCGGAAGCAGGACCUGCACCAGCUCUGGACCACCUGCUCUCACCUCGUCGCCAAGUCCGGCCUCCCGCCGGAGGUGCUCGCCAAGCACCUGCCAAUCGACGUCGUCGCCAAGAUCGACGAGCUCCGCCUUAAGUCCUCGAUGUCCCGCCGCUCGCCGUUCCUGGCGCACCACCAUCCGAACCACCCGGCGGCGGGCAUCGAGACCUCGUCCGCGGGGGAGUUCGACGACCACCACAAGAUCCGCCGCAUGCGCCGCGCCCUCGACUCGUCCGACGUCGAGCUCGUCAAGCUCAUGGUCAUGGGCGAGGGGCUCAACCUCGACGAGGCGCUGGCGCUUCACUACGCCGUGGAGAACUGCAGCCGGGAGGUCGUCAAGGCGCUGCUGGAGCUCGGCGCCGCCGACGUGAACCACCCGGCCGGGCCCGCCGGGAAGACGCCGCUGCACGUCGCGGCCGAGAUGGUGUGCCCCGACAUGGUCGCUGUGCUGCUCGACCACCACGCCGACCCUAACGUGCGCACCGUGGAGGGCGUGACGCCACUCGACAUCCUCCGCACGCUCACCUCCGAUUUCCUGUUCAAGGGCGCCGUGCCGGGGCUCGCGCACAUCGAGCCCAACAAGCUCCGGCUGUGCCUCGAGCUCGUGCAGUCGGCGGCCAUGGUCAUGUCCCGGGAGGACGCGCACACUGCGGCCGCGGCGGUCAAUGCCGCGCCCAUGUACAGAGAGCCUUCCGGGGGCGCCGGCCCCGUGUACAAUGCGAGCGGCACCAACUCGAGCAUGGUGAAUCUGAGCUUGGACAACAGGAUGGUGUAUCUGAACCUAGGGAUGGAUGCGCAGUUCGGCAAGAUGAGCGACGGCGGCGGCGGCGAUGACGGCGGGAGCAGAGGGCAAGGAGGCCCGUCUUCUUUGUUUUCCCCGCAUGGCUACCAUUGACAAGCCGGAGCGAGCGGCUGCUCUACUAUCUCCUUUUGAGGGGUGCUGUUUUGGAAAUUUAAGAGGUGUCAAGAGGUAAAACAGUUUUUGUUUGUUGGUGGGUCAUGUAGUGCAUUGGUAAUGCAUAGACAAGCAAGAAAGCUAGAACUUGACCUUGCAGUAUCUUAAUCUUUCUCAACCAUAUAUCUUCCAAUUCAAUCCUUUAAUUAAAAGGCACACAAGAGUGACCGAUCCAUUCAAUCUUCAUGUAUGUAUGACCUCCAGGCCCAUUUAUAAAAUAUUUUCUUUUUUCUAAUAAGAGCCAUCCAUGCACAUAUAAAAAUUGCAACAUUUUAGCCAAUAAUGUAAAAGAUCGUGAGUUCGUGACAAUAAUCUUUAGUACUGUGUUCAUUUAACCAAAUCAAUGUACAUGUAAUAAAGUACUUUUUUGUGUGUGUCUGUUUCCUGUAAAUGAGUGAACAUGCAUGUAAAGUAAAGGAAGCUUUUAAUGACAGGCCGGAAAUGUCAUUGCUGCUUUCAA